GAUGUACCAUACUGAAGAAGAACACGCAUGCGCACAAGAAACCAGGAAGUGGAAUAAACAACACAAGCUACUUUUAGCCAUUUAGCUUGACUUGUGGCGAGUAAACAACACUAUGGGCCUGUUCGGAAGAACGCCUGACAAAGCUCCAAAGGAGAUGGUGAAUGAGUGGUCCGGGAAAAUUCGAAAGGAAAUGCGAGUAAUUGACAGACAAAUUCGGGAUAUUCAAAGAGAGCAAGAAAAGGUUAAAAGAUCUAUCAAAGAAGCUGCCAAAAAGGGAGAGAAGGAUGUGUGUAUAAUUCUUGCAAAAGAAAUUAUUCAGUCUAAGCGAGCAGUUACAAAGCUUUAUGCAUCUAAAGCUCAUAUGAACUCAGUGCAACUCAGCAUGAAGAAUCAACUGGCUUUGGUACGUGUCUCCGGAUCCCUUCAGAAGAGCACUGAGGUCAUGAAAGCCAUGCAGAGUCUGAUCAAAGUCCCGGAGAUUCAAGCCACAAUGAGAGAGCUGUCAAAGGAGAUGUUGAAGGCGGGUAUUAUUGAAGAAAUGCUUGAAGACACAUUUGAAAGCAUGGAAGAUGGGGAAGACAUGGAGGAAGCAGCAGAGGAGGAAGUUGACAAGAUUCUUUUUGAAAUUACAGCCGGUGCCCUUGGUAAAGCACCCAGCAAAGUCACAGAUGAACUUCCUGAAAUGCCUGCUGGAGCUGGAGCUGCCGCAGCCUCAGACGCUGAAUCUGAAGAAGACAUUGAAGAGAUGCAGUCCAGACUGGCAGCUUUGAGGAGCUAAGGUGACUCUAGAUUUCACCCCUUGUGCUCACAACAUCAAAGACAAUUCUGAUGCAGGAUUAAAACACUUUAAUCUUUUCUUCUUUUCUUACAAUCAUAUGGGGGUACAGAACUAUCUGCUUUAAAACAUGCACUCAUGCAUUUUGCUUUCUGAGUCAUGGUUCUGGUAAAACAGAAGGUAGAAGGUGUGUAUAAUGUAAUAUGUAUGAAAAACCUGCUGUGCCUAAUGUGCUGUAUUGUUUUGAGAGGCUUGUCAAGUGUACAAUUUACAGUGCUGUGCAGAAGUGCUUACACUCACAUUCUGCAUUUCUUAGAUCUAUACUCCUCAUACAUUACAAAGAUAUACAAAUCAGUGUAAUGGGGAAAAAAAUACUGCUUACAUAAAUUAUAAAUAAUCAUUAAUAGAAGGUUUUAGUAUAACAAAUAUUCCAAAAUGUCAUAAAUCCAGAAGAAUGUUAGCUGUUUGCACUGCACUGUAAUUAUGAAGAUGCAUAACAUAAAAACUAAACAAUAUGUGCCAAGUCAAACCCUGUUGUUGGACUCACAGAAGUAGGUUUUCACUUCUAAUGUAAGUGCACAGAAUUGCACGAAGAUAAUAUCCCAAUUUAACUGAAAUAAGUAAUUGGAAUAUAAAGUGUAGAGUUUUUUGUUUGUCACGCAAUUCAAACUCAAUUUUUGUUUGUCACACAGUUCUACGCUGCAUGUCUCUUAUCACUGUCAGUGUGUCCACGUCAGAAAUACUGAUGUUUACUUGUAUUCAGUCUUUUUAAUGGUGAUGGUUGAGUUAGUUUUACCUUUAUAUACAUGCAGCAACAAAAAAAACUGCUUUAUUGCGUCCUUCUGAAAAACGCUGCAUUGUGCUUUGUCCAUCUAAAACAUAACCCAUUUAACAUUUUUAAUUAUUAUUUUUUGUUUCAGUUUGUACAGAAGGCUUCAAGUAGUGUAGAACCUCCAUAUUGUGGUUUAUAAGUUGUAUGUUGAUGGUAAUAAACAUAUUGAAUAUAUAAGACAUAUUUUUCUGAAGCUUUAGUAAAGUGAAUCUUUUAAAGUG